GAGAGCGAUCGCCGCCGCCGCCGUCUCCGUUACCGGGACCCUUCCGCCUCGCCGGAGCCCAGCAAUGAGCCAGCACCAGAGCCAGCGCCGUGGCCCCCGGCCCGAUAUGGCCCCGGAGAUCGCCGCCGCCGUCGGUUUCGUCUCCAGCCUGUUACGGACGCGGGGCUGCGUCAGCGAGCAGCAGCUGCAGGUCUUCAGCGGGGCGUUGCGGGAGGCCCUCGCAGAGCACUACAAGCACCACUGGUUUCCUGAGAAGCCCUCCAAAGGCUCCGGGUACCGCUGCAUCCGCAUCAACCACAAGAUGGACCCCAUCAUCAGCAAGGCAGCCAGCCAGAUCGGACUCAGCCUCCCGCAGCUCUACCAGCUCCUACCCAGCGAGCUGACGCUCUGGGUGGACCCUUACGAGGUCUCCUAUCGCAUCGGGGAGGAUGGCUCCAUCUGCGUCUUGUACGAAGCCACUGCCACCUCCAAAGCUGCCACCUCCAAAGCUGCCAGCUCCUACGGGAUGCUCACCUGUAAGAACCAACUGAUGCUGGGUCGCACCAGCCCGUCCAAAAACUACAUCAUGACUGUCUCCAGCUAAAUAACUCCUCUGGUCCUUACCACUGCCAAGACACAGGCUACUGUAUACCUCACUUGAGGAUCUAUUUUUAAGAUGAAGAGCUAUUUAUAUUUUUAAGAGAACCCCAAGAAAACCCCCAAUUAAAAUGUUUGGGCACCGCUGGGACCAGCGGUGGUGCUCCAGGUGCCUUUUCCACCCCCCCUUGUUUUUUACAGCUGUUGCAAGCUUGUGAGGUUUUGUUCUGAAGCUGAUACCUACCUAAUUAGUGCUGGAUGGCAAUUUGGGGCUGGCUCUUGCUGGGGAAAGAUCCAGGCUGGGAAGUGUGGCUUGGUGGUGGGAGAUGCCUGUGUCAUCUUCUUGCCAUCCUGCUGCCCAACAGCGUUGCUGUGCUGGGAUGCUGUUGGAGAUGGGAUGAAGAAGUUCUCUUUCCCUCCACUAACUGCUUCACUCCCCAGCUGGUCUGAUCCCUCUAAGGAUACAAUGUUUGGGGAGUGCUGCCUCAGGGCUGGGUGAUGCUGGGGAUCCUGGGAUCCCUCCUUUGCUCUUGCACAUCUCCUGGACCCAUUUGCUCUGCGAGCGCUGCAGCUCUGCUCUGCUCCCAGCACAAAGCAAGGGGGAACAGGACCUGCCCUCAGCCCCUCCAUCUUUCCUCUCUGCUGCUGGGCUGAAAGGGGCCACCUGGCUUUUGUGUCCUGUGAAGUGGAGCAAGGCAGAGCUGAGCUGGGGGUGUGUGUGGAGGGGUCAAGCUGUGCAGAGACUCCCCCAUCCUCCCCCCUCCAGGAUGCACUUUGCAGCUGCUGUGGUGGCACUGGAGUGCUGCCUGGCCCUAGUGCUCCCCAGUAUCUGGCUGCCACUCACCACAUGCUGAGAAGGGUGCUCCAGACACUGAAAGCAGCUCCCAGGAGCCUUUCUGCUGUGGGUGGCUUAACCAUCAGCCAUGACCUGCUCUUGCCUUGGCCUCUCUGCACUCCAAGAGCAGAAUCUGGCCCCUUGCUUGCAAACGUUGCCUGAUCCAAUGCUGACAACUGGCUGUGGCCCUUCUCCAGAAGAGCUGAGACCACUCACCUUGUGCUGUAGAGGUUGGUGUGUGAGAACCCCCUCCCCCUAUUGCCACUCUUAGAAGUAAUUGGGGGGUGCCUUUCUCCUGCGUGGGGGGUGCUCAGGUGCUUUGGUGUCCUCACAUUGCUUUUAAAGUCACAGCACUUCCUCCCCCUCUGAGUCAUCUGUCCCUGGGAGCUGUCUCCAUUGAUACCUUGCUAAGGGGCACCUUUUGGCUCUGCUCUCUUGGUACACAUCUUCUUUUGCACAAUGAGUGCCAGGUCCUGUGCUGUCUGUUCAAGCAAAACUCUUCCUGGGGUCCUGGUGGUACUCAGGAAGACUUUUGCCCAAGAAUUGUUCAGGAUUUGGUCCUUAAACUGCUCUGGCUAACAAAAAACUUGGGUGGGAGCUGAAAGUGCUGCCCCAAAAACUUCACCCACCUGUUGGGAAUGAGCCUUUACCAGGUCGUUGUAUCUCCACUGCCUUUUGUUUUUAACUCACCAGCUGGUGCUCCUCCAGUGAUUGUGGGAGAAUGGCUUGGAAAAGCAGGGUCUUGUCGUGGUGGUUUGUAAGGGAACUUUCCCAGAUGUGACUUUUCAGCACACUUUGGGGCUGUGGUUUUUUUUUCUUUCCCUCUUCCUCUUAACCUUCCUCUUUCCUGACCUGGCAGCUUAGUGGCGUAAGCAGAGUUGUUCUUGCCCAGCCUUUGAUGAAUCAAGUUCUCAGACAUUUGUGCAAUAUGUUUUCAAAUCUUGGGUGCUCUGGGAGAGAGGAAGGAAACCUCCCAUCUGCCACAGGCUCUUCACUUGUUUGUUUAAUGCAUCUAAGCCCCAAAUCCAGCACCGCUCCUCCACCCCUGACCUUUGAUGUUGGAAGAAAUCAAUGCAGAUCCUUUUUUCUUUGUAAUGCCAGAACUGAAAGACCACCCUCAAUUCUCAAAUCCUUUUCCAAUGUCCAAGUGGUUGGUGAGUUUUGGUUGCCUUUCAGCAAGCAGGAGCUGGGCUGUGGCUCCUGAAGUUGCAUCACUUCCCUCAGCGUCACUUGAAUCUCUCACGUCAGCAAAGCAGAAGCUGAAGUGAAGCACUGAGGCUUUUCCCCUCGGUGAACUUGUGCAAUAGGUGACCUCACCAGGAGGGGAGUAGUGGGCAACAUGCAAAUCAAACCCAAAUUCCCUUUUUUCUUUUCCUUGAAAAAGGGAUCUUGGGGCUUUUUGGAGUCCUCACUUUAAUCUGCUGACGUGGAAGGGCUUUUUGGAGUCCUCACUUUAAUCUGCUGACGUGGAAGGGCUUUUUGGAGUCCUCACUUUAAUCUGCUGACGUGGAAAAGGGAGGCAGGGGGAAAGCCCAUGAUGAAAACUGCAUCCAGGAGGAGGAGCAGUGCUUGGCCUGGGCUGAGCUGCUCGCCUGGAUGUGGAGUUUCCUGAAGGCUGGCACUUCUUUGGCUUGUCACUUGGCAUGAUCAAAAAGCAGGCUCAUCAUUUUCCACCCUCCCACCCCUACUUUUUACUCUCUUCCCAGAAUAUUUUGUUCAGGAACAGCCCACACCAAAGGAAUCCACUACAACUGCUCCUAACAUGCACCCACCUCCAGAACCCAAACAGCUAAGCUUUGUUCUCUCUUAUCCCUGCAGUGGAGGAGUCUGAUGUUAAAGGAGGGCUCUGGUUUGGUGCUUAUUAACUUCCAAACCUGAGGAUGAGGGGAGGGGGGGAAAGGGGAAAUCCAUUUCUCUCGUAGCUGGUUGCACAUAAAAGCUGUGAAUUAAGCCUCUCUGUUGCCUUUUGCCUCCAAGCCUGACCCCAGCCUGCGGAGCUGUGUUUUCAGACAGCUUAUUUGAAGGGCUUUGUCUGGUUUGUGUUUGUUUGUUUCUCUAAGGAGCUGGACUGUUGAACGGGACCUGCCUUUUUUUUUUUAGUUGAUUUGUUUGUUUUUCCCUUUAUUUUUUGGUAUUUGAGAAGGGUGGGAAGUUUUGUAAGCUAGACUUGGAGGAGGAGGAUGAGGAGGGGAGUGGAUGGUUACUCAUUGUAUAGCAGUGUUUUUAUAUCCAGGAUGUACAGAUCCUUUGACAGAUGCUUUUUGUUACUUUAAUAAAAAUGUAGCAGGAUAAAAAAAACCAAACCAAACCCAAAA